CUUGUUUUGUUCUGUCAGGAAACGGUGCUCAUCUUGUGGUUUUGGUUUACACAGUGCUUGUGGUUUUCCUCUGGAAUGUGCAUCUGCUUUUUGGCUUUUCAUUUUUCCUUCUUUCAUUCAUCCAUACAUCCAUCCAUAUAAACCAGCCUCUGGUGUGCAUGUAUUUUUCAUAAACAUCCUGCACAGUCUGUGUUUUUCAGGCCUAGUGUUUGAUUCGGCUCCGCAACGUCAACUGAACACGCAUUCGGAACACAAACUUCUUCGAUAAUAUUAACACACGCGCAAAACAAAAUAUUUUGCAGGAAAAUUGAAGAUUUGAUGAAGAAACGCCCAGCUUCUGUGUCUCCAGUGUGGCUGCACUUCAGCACACACAUUAUGCAGGGUGACCGGAACCGGCUGAAACCGGUUUGAGGCAGACGAGGAGGCUCGGAAGCAAUACAGUCACUGUGCUACAGGCAGAUAGCCGACUGCUUCAUGGCAGCCAAAAUGGCAAAGGGUCUUCAGUAGUGAUGCAGCUCAGAGCAGAGAUGUUAGAAAGACUGUCUUUGUGCACCUCCAGAUGGUUAUGCACAUCAGGGCCGGGAGGCAGCCAUGAGAACUGAACAGAUAUGGUGACCGUGGGUCACUGUGUGUUGUAAUUCAUGGUGGUCACCAUCCAGAAUGGUCUGGCGUGCCUUUCCUCCUGGUGGAUCAUUUCUUGAAGGGCCUUGCUUAGUGAAAAAAGUGGAUUUUUUUUCCUCUGCUGUCAGGGAGAAAGGAGAAGGAGGGUGAUGGUGGUGGUGUUUUGUUGUGGAGGUGGUGAGAGGAAGGAAGAAGGGAAGGAAAGCAAGAUUGUUUGCUCUAGUUCUCGGAACACAGAGGGUGUUAAGAUCAUUCUUAUAAGACCAUGGGCGACAUGAAAACCCCAGACUUUGAUGAUCUGCUUGCAGCCUUUGACAUUCCUGAUAUGGUUGAUCCCAAGGCUGCCAUUGAGUCCGGCCAUGAUGAUCAUGAGGGACAACUCAAACACGAUGCCCACAGUGAAGAGGACUCCCAUGUCUCCUCUGGUCCAGAUGUUGGAGUUAGUGUUAUUGUUAAGAACGUCCAGAAUUUUGAUGCCACUGAACAUCUUUCAGAGAAAGAUGUUCAUCCCACUGUCAGAAAUGGCCUGCACAAUGGUUUCUUGCCCAUAUCACCCAACAACAGAUACAGCAAAGAAAAUUACAAGCUUCAAAAAGGGGAAGUCCAUGGGAUGGCAGGAAAUAUCUCUACAUUUAACCAGUUCAGUCCCAUCUCUAGUGCUGAAGAAUUUGAUGAUGAUGACAAAAUUGAAGUAGAUGACCUUACUGACAAACAAGGUAAUUUACAGUUUAAACCUAACCCUCUAACCGGUCUGAGUGCAAAGACGGAAGAGCCUCGUUCUCAACACGUGAAAGCAGAUGGUGCAACUAGGCCAAGAACAAAUGGCAAUUACAAUCAUUUGAAAGUUGAGAAUAGUAGCACAAAUGGCACAGUGGGACAGUCAAACCUAUAUGACUCUCAAAAACCAAGAAAAACUUUGGAACACUCCAAAGAAAGAUGCCAAGAAGCAAAAGAGCUUGGUGAGCCAGUCGUUGAGUUGAAUGUGACUAACCUCUCCCAAACCAAGUCCAAAUCAGCCGCAAAGCUCUCAUCCUGCAUUGCUGCAAUUGCAGCACUUAGUGCAAAGAAAGCUAGCACAGAAGCCAUGUCUCCAGAAUCCCUAGCCACACAUCGAGAUUCACCCAGAGAGGCUAAAGAGAUCCCAAAGAUUGCGGAUAAAUUACCAGAGCGAGAGUCAGCUCUGGAGCUUGGCAAAAAUAGAAUCUCAAAACAACCUGAGAGUCCUUGCAGUGUUACCAGUGAAAGCAGCAGCAAAGAGUCUCCUGCAUCUCCAGCAGGAUCUAUACCAGUCAUUCCAAAAGUCUGCAUCAAGACGAUCAAGACAUCUUCAGGGCAGAUCAAGAGGACAGUUACCAGAGUCCUGCCUGAAUUUGAUCCUGAAGUCUUGAAGAAAUGUAUCGAUUUAUCACCCAGUGUUGUCUCUUCUUUGCAGUCCUCUUCAACCUCGCCUUCUGUUUUCUCAUCUCACACGAGAACUUUGCCGACCACAGUAGUAGCAACUUCUGGAGGCUCUGCCAUUGAGAUAACUAAACAAAUGACCAUAAAGCCUGUGGCUACUGCCUUCUUACCUGUCUCAGCUGUUAAGACGGCAGGCUCCCAAGUGAUUAACCUGAAACUUGCCAACAAUACAACUGUAAAGGCCACUGUCAUACCAGCGGCAUCUGUUCAGAGUGCCAGCAGUGCCAUCCUUAAAGCUGCUAAUGCCAUUCAGCAACAAACAGUAAUGGUGCCUGCUUCCAGUCUAACAAAUACCAAACUUGUGCCAAAGACUGUCCACCUAACCAACUUAAAUCUCUUGCCUCAGAAUGCAUCAGCGGCCGAGCUCCACCAGGUCCUGACCAAGCCCCAACAAUCCAUCAAGCAAGCUAUGUUCGCCCAACAACAACAGAAGAAAGUGUCUCGGGUCCAGGUCCUAACCAACUCUCAGAGCACAGUGGUAGAAGCCUUCAAUAAAGUUUUGAGUAGCAUUAACCCUGUGCCAGUUUAUGUACCCAAUCUAAGCCCUCCAGUUUCCGCCUGUAUAUCUUUGCCAUCACGUGGGUACAAAUGCUUGGAAUGUGGUGAUUCCUUUGCCCUGGAAAAAAGCCUCACUCAUCAUUAUGACCGUAGAAGUGUCCGCAUUGAGGUCACUUGCAAUCACUGUGCCAAAAACCUAGUCUUCUACAACAAGUGCAGCCUUCUAUCACAUGCUAGGGGCCACAAAGACAAAGGGGUUGUCAUGCAGUGUUCUCAUCUCAUUUUAAAGCCAAUUCCCGCUGACCAGAUGAUCCUUGUGCCGUCAGUAACCUCCAGCGCUCCCACCUCUUCAGCAAACAUUGGAUCCUCCGUAGUGGGGAAUCCAGGGAAAGGAAACCCAACCACAGUUAUCUCUGCACCCUCUUCAGCUCCUGUUGUAGCUGCCAUGCCUCUAGAUAAGGAUGUCUCCAAGGUCUGCAGAUCAAAUCUGAAGUGCUUGGAAUGUAAUGAGACAUUUCAUGAGGAGUCAUCUCUUGCAAUGCACUACCAGCAGGCUCCCGAACCAGUAGGACAGAAAACCUGCACCAUUUGCCAAAUGCUACUGCCAAACCAGUGUAGCUUUGCUUCCCAUCAGCGGAUCCAUCAGCACAAGUCUCCAUAUAUCUGCCCUGAAUGUGGAGCUAUCUGUCGAUCUGUCCAUUUUCAGUCUCAUGUGACCAAGAAUUGCCUGCACUACACACGUCGAGUGGGCUACCGCUGUGUUCACUGUAGUGUCAUCUUCACUGAUGUUGCUGCUCUCAAGUCACACAUUCAGGGAUCCCACUGUGAAAUCUUCUACAAAUGCCCCAUCUGCCCCAUGGCUUUUAAAUCAGCCCCCAGUACACAUUCCCAUGCCUACACCCAGCAUCCAGGAGUUAAAAUUGGAGAGCCUAAGCUGAUCUACAAGUGUUCCAUGUGUGACACCGUUUUUACCCAGCAGACUUUGCUGUACACGCACUUUGACCAGCACAUAUCCAGUCAGAAAGUGUCUGUCUUCAAGUGUCCGGACUGUUCGAUGCACUACGCCCAAAAGCAGCUCAUGCUGGAUCAUAUUAAAUCCAUGCACGGCAUCUUAAAGACGAUCGAGGGCCCGCCAAACCUGGGCAUCAAUCUCCCUCUCAGCUCCAAACCUACUAAUUCCAUAAGCCCGAAUAACAACAACAAAGAGGGCGUCUCUAUCAGCAGCCUCGAGAAAGGAGAGAGGAAUCCAACAUCCCCAACAAAAAAUAGUAAUGGGACAGACCUUCCCAAAAAAGCCCCGUUGUCCAUCUCCUGCCCUGGCUGGACCUGCAGGGAAUGCGACCGCUUGUUUACACAGAGAGAAGUCUACAUCGCUCACAUGAAAAGAGAGCAUGGGAAGCAACUGAAAAAGCAUCCAUGUCGACAGUGUGAAAAGUCCUUCAGUUCCUCUCACAGUUUAUGUAGACACAACCGAAUCAAACACAAGGGCCUACGGAAAGUCUACUCAUGUCCACACUGCCCAGAACCCAAUCGCACUUUCACCAAAAGACUGCUGCUAGAGAAACACAUUCAAUUGAUGCAUAGCAUCAAAGACACAGAAACCAAGCUUCCGGCAGAUUCCAGUAGUGCAGAAGCCACCCCAGACAAAGAGCAGGUCCCCAGUCCUAAACGAAAGCUCUACUCUGAAGAUGAGGACGCUGAGAGGGAAGAGGAAGUGGAGGAGGCCGGAGGAGAGGUGACUUCUACUCAGCGGUCCAAGAGCUCAUCCUCACAGCCUUUAAAGAAGCUAAAGAUCAACGUCUUCAAGACACAUAAAUGCGCAGUGUGUAGCUUCACCACCGAAGACAUCGUGCAUUUCCACGAGCACAUUCCCCAGCACAAGACCAACGUCUCGUCCUACCAGUGCCGUGAAUGUGGCCUGUGCUACACUUCGCACAACUCCCUCGCCCGACACCUGUUCAUCGUGCACAAGCUGAAGGAGCCCCAAGGGCUCGAGCGGCACAACGAGCAACAAGAAAACACGCCCAACCCAGACGCCAACGACGGUAUCCCGGACACUCAAUGUAAAGUAUGUUCAAAAACAUUUGAAACGGAGGGAGCCUUAAACACACACAUGCGGACACACGGAAUGGCCUUCAUUAAGUCCAAACGGCUGAGUGCAGCUGAGAAGUAAGAGCAAGGUAGUGCCCCCUAGUGGAUGGAUGUUGGUUUGCAAGGAAUUAU